AUGGGAGAGUUCAUCAAAUACAAAGGUUUUGAGCUGGCAUUCAGCUGGGGCGGCUGGUCGGUCAAAUACCUCGUGGCGUUCUAUUUAUGUUUACCACUUUUGGCCUACUUCAUCUUGCCAUUUUUCACUGCCAAAAGGACUCUUUCUGGUAACCGAAAAUCGAUCGCUAUUAUAGUUCUUGGCGAUUUGGGUCAUUCUCCGCGUAUGUGCUACCAUUCGCUUUCAUUUUCAAAGCUCAAUUACUACGUCUCGUUGUGUGGAUACUUGCAAAGUGAACCCUCAGAUGAGAUUCUUGAAGAUGUGAAUAUUGAUAUCAAAGCCAUUCCAAUGGUGGAAAACCAUGGAUUGCCAUUUCUUCUCUUUGCAAUUGAGAAAAUUUGCAUGCAAGUAGUGUCUUUGUUUUCCUUGCUUUUCGAGUUGCGUGGAAUAGACUACAUCAUGAUCCAAAACCCUCCAUCAAUGCCACUUCUUCUCAUCAGCAUAAUUUUUGUGAAAUUGUUCAGUAGAAACACAAAAAUCAUUAUAGAUUGGCACAAUCUCAACUACAGCAUCCUCAACCUCAAAUAUAAUAAUGAAAACCACCCAUUGGUUCGGUUUUUAAAGUUGUACGAAAUGAUACUUGGAAGAUUUGCAUUCUACAAUUUGACAGUUACAAAACGAAUGAAACGAUUCCUUGUGAGUGAUUUUGGCAUGAACUCGAAAAAAAUCUCCACAUUACAUGAUAGACCAGCAUCUUCGUUCAAGCCAUUGCAAGAACUUGAAACCACUAAAAUGGACAUUCUCAACUCACAUCCUCUCUUCCAAGACAUUACCGGCGUCGACAAGUACAAGAUUUUGGUCAGCUCCACUUCAUUCACCCCAGAUGAGGAUUUCAAUAUUUUGUUGGAUGCCUUGAAGUAUUACGAUUCAUCAGAGAAAAACGAACCUUUACUUUUGAUCGUUACAGGGAAGGGUCCUUUGAAGCAAGCAUUCAGGGAAAGAGUAAAGGACCUUCGGUUCCUGAAAAAAGUUAUCGUCAAGACAGCAUGGCUCAGUGUUGAAGAUUAUCCAGUAGUACUUGCCAUAGCUGACCUUGGUGUUUCUUUACACACAUCAUCCAGUGGUAUUGAUCUACCCAUGAAAAUCGUCGACUUUUUUGGUUGCGGCAUUCCGGUUAUUUCUUUGGACUUUCCCGCUAUAGACGAGUUGGUGAAGCAUGACUAUAAUGGAGUCGUUGUCACGGGGAAAGAUCAGGCAAAGGUCAUUUGCCAGCAUUUGGAGCAUCUUUUCAGGGACCAAGAAAAGUUGAACCGCCUCAAAAAUGGAGCUAUAGAGGAAAGCCAUACACGAUGGAACGAAAACUGGAAUCGUGUUAUGAAGCCACGAUUCGAGUUCGACUAA